CCCUCAGCUCCGGGCUCGGCCUUGCCGCCUACAGCGAGGCCCGUCUCCCCCAGGGCCCGCGUUUCUCCUUCCUCUCCUUACCGGCCUUCAGCCGCCACCAUGUCGGUCAAUCCGAUGGCCUACGAAGCGCAGUUCUUUGGCUUCACCCCCCAGACGUGCAUGCUCCGCGUCUACAUCGCGUUCCAGGACUACCUCUUCGAAAUGAUGCUGGUGGUUGAGAGUGUAAUCCUGAAGAAGCUGGGCGGGUUUCCCGACUGUAAAAUCAGCCCCUUCCAAAUCCGGAAAAGCACGGAGAAAUUUCUUCUCUUCAUGAAGGAACACUUUGAUAAACUCUUCAGUAAAAUGGAAGAAGUGCUGCUGCAGCUGGUGCUAAACAUCCCCAAGAACGUGCUGCUUCCCGAGGACAAGGUCCACGAGCAGUACCCCUACAGCAAAGAGCAGUUCCAGGCACUUCAGGAUGAGAUCCACCAGCUGCAGCAGCAGUACAGGGCUGAGGCGUCGGCUGGGCAGGCGCUGCGAGCAGAACUGGAAGAACAGAAGGCCGUCCAGGCUGAGCUUGAGAAGAUUUUGCAGUGGUUUGAUGGGCUUGAGAAUAUCUGUAGGGAGCACGGGACUGGCAACUUCAAAGAAAGCUUUGCAUUCUUGACACAGAACUCUAAGAAACUGCAAGACGUGCUGAAAGAGGUUGAAGAGAAAAGCAAAAAAAUAAAGAAGCAUGAUCGGUUACUGUAAUGGAAAUUCUGAAAAGACAGCAAAAAAGAUUUAGACAGCUUGCUUAAAAUGAUAGGGGCUUAUCUUUCCAGAAGCAUCUCCCCUAACCCCUUACUCCUCUAAUUCUGCCAGGAUCUAGAAUAAAAGCUGUUGAACUGUGUCAGUUUGCACCUAUUUAGCACUCCCCCAGGGAAGGAGGGAGAGAAAAAAGCCUUGAUUUCCUGUGAAAUGUAACUGAAAAUGGUGAUUCAGAAUAAAUUUGGGGUUGGAUAGCCUGGCUGUGAAGGUACCUUCCUGACCUUAGGAACAUUAACUUUUGACACAACUUAGCAUUUGUUUACUUUUAUUGUUUAAAAAAAAUUCCACGUUUAAGAAUGUCUUAAGUGAAUUUCCAGACUGGUACCAGUUCAGAGUUGAUGUUUUUGUCAGCGAGGAUGUUGGGACUUUGCACCAGCUUCCCAAAGGAGCUGUAUGGCACAGGCAGUGCCUCAUUAAGGAUAAAGUGCCAGUCGCUGAGGCUUAAACACCAACAAGGAAGUCCACGGAGUGGAGCAAGACAGGGAUGCUCUUGUCAAGGCUCUGCUGAGAAAUA